AUGACAAGUGCUGUGCAGCCGAAGUGGACCCGCCUGCCGAUCCGUACUCGUCCGCAUCGGAACCCGCUGGCCGAAAACCUUGACGCACAUCCCGACAACCCGUUGGAGCUGCAGGCCCGAUGUGCGGAUUUUUACCCCGCGAUGCGCAAUCCGGUGGUUGAGUUUGUGGAUGUGGGGUGUGCGUUCGGUGGCAUGCUGUUUGCACUUUCGCAGGAGUAUCCCGAUGCAUGCAUGCUGGGUCUUGAGAUACGCCCCAAGGUCGUUAAGUUUGCCCAAGAAAAAACGUUGGGCCUUCGAGAGGCCACCUCCGAUUCCUCUCAUCACUUUUGCAAUUUGUGGUUUGAGCAGAUGAAUGUGAUGAAGUUUGGCUCGAACUGCUUCCGCAAGGGACAACUGCGGGUCCUUUUCUUUUGCUACCCGGACCCGCACUGGAAGAAGAAGAAUAUUCGCCGGCGCAUUAUUUCACCCGGGCUCGUUCAUGAGUAUGCCUACUGGCUGAAAAUUGGGGGACUUCUCUUCACCGUGUCGGAUGUUGAGGAGCUGGAGCAGUGGAUGGUCUCGUGCCUGGAUGGAUGCCCACUCUUCCGUCGACUGAGUGAGGAGGAACUUCAGAGCGAUGCCAUGACGCGAAAAGUGCUGGGCUACGCCAUGAACGCUAGUGAAGAUGCCCAACGUACAGCGCGAAAGGGCCUACAAAAACAUUACGCUGUGUACGUCCGUUUAUAA